GGUUUGAGGUUGAGGAAGCAGGAGCUGGCCAACAGCUCAGAUGUAACCCUCCCAGACCGGCCACUAUCCCCGCCUCUCACUGCACCUCCCACCAUGAAGUCUGCGGAGUUCUUCGAGAUGCUGGAGAAAAUGCAGGGGAUCAAGCUUGAAGAGCAGAAGCCAGGACCCCAGAAGAACAAGGACGACUAUAUCCCAUAUCCCAGCAUUGAUGAGGUUGUGGAGAAGGGUGGUCCAUACCCCCUAGUCAUCCUGCCCCAGUUUGGGGGCUACUGGAUCGAGGACCCAGAGAAUGUGGGCACACCGACAUCACUGGGAAGCAGCAUUUGUGAGGAAGAGGAAGAGGACAACCUGAGUCCCCACACGUUUGGCUACAAGCUUGAAUGCAAGAGUGAAGCCAGGGCCUAUCGCAGGCACUUCCUGGGGAAGGACCAUCUGAACUUUUAUUGUACAGGCAGCAGCCUGGGCAACUUGAUCCUGUCCAUCAAGUGUGAGGAGGCAGAGGGUAUUGAGUACCUUCGGAUCAUUCUCAGGUCCAAAGUGAAGACAGUGCAUGAGCGAAUCCCCUUGGCUGGACUCAGCAAGCUGCCCAGCGUCCCUCAGAUUGCAAAGGCUUUCUGUGAUGAUGCAGUGGGGCUGAAAUUUAACCCUAUCCUGUACCCUAAGGCCUCCCAAAUGAUUGUGUCCUAUGAUGAACAUGAUGUCAACAACACAUUCAAGUUUGGUGUCAUUUAUCAAAAAGCCAGACAAACUCUGGAGGAGGAGCUGUUUGGGAACAAUGAGGAAAGUCCGGCUUUCAAGGAGUUCUUGGACCUUCUGGGAGACACAAUCACGCUACAGGACUUCAAAGGUUUCCGAGGAGGCCUGGAUGUGACGCAUGGACAGACAGGGGUGGAAUCAGUGUACACGGUAUUCCGGGACAGAGAGAUCAUGUUUCACGUCUCCACAAAGCUGCCCUUUACUGAAGGUGACACCCAGCAGCUCCAGAGAAAGAGACAUAUUGGGAAUGACAUUGUGGCCAUCAUCUUCCAAGAAGAGAACACACCGUUUGUCCCAGAUAUGAUUGCCUCCAAUUUCUUACAUGCUUACAUUGUUGUUCAGGCUGAGAACCCGGGCACAGAGACCCCCUCCUACAAGGUCUCCGUCACUGCACGGGAAGAUGUGCCAGCCUUCGGGCCCCCUCUGCCCAGUCCCCCUGUUUUCCAGAAGGGUCCAGAGUUCAGGGAGUUUCUGCUCACCAAACUCACCAACGCAGAGAAUGCUUGCUGCAAAUCGGACAAGUUUGCAAAGCUGGAGGACCGGACGAGAGCAGCCCUCCUGGACAACCUUCAUGAUGAACUUCAUGCCCAUACACAGGCCAUGCUAGGACUGGGCCCAGAAGAGGACAAGUUUGAGAAUGGGGGCCAUGGAGGCUUUCUGGAGUCUUUUAAGAGAGCCAUCCGUGUGCGCAGCCACUCCAUGGAGACCAUGGUGGGCAGCCAGAAGAAACAGCACAGCGGGGGCAUCCCUGGCAGCCUCAGCGGGGGCAUCUCCCACAACAGCGUGGAGGUCACCAAGACCACCUUCUCGCCUCCCGUGGCAGCAGCAACGGUGAAGAACCAGUCGCGGAGCCCCAUCAAGCGGCGAUCAGGGCUCUUUCCUCGUCUGCACACGGGCUCCGAAGGCCAGGGGGACACCCGGACCCGGUGUGACAGUGCAUCCAGCACCCCCAAGACCCCAGAUGGUGGGCACUCUUCUCAGGAAAUCAAGUCUGAGACCUCAUCCAACCCCAGCUCUCCGGAAAUCUGCCCCAACAAAGAGAAGCCCUUCAUAAAGUUGAAGGAGAACGGCCGAGCCAACAUCUCUCGCUCCUCCUCCAGCACCAGCAGCUUCAGCAGCACCGCGGGGGAGGGCGAGGCCAUGGAGGAGUGUGACAGCGGGACAUCCUUCUUUUUCUUAGAUGCCAAAAGCAGAAACUCCCCAAGGUCAAACCUGAAAUUCCGCUUUGAUAAGCUCAGCCAUGCCAGCUCCAGUGCGCUCUAG